AUGGCGAUUCUCGAUCAAGCAGAUGAUUCCGGCGUUACUGCAGGUAGUCCUAUCGCUACCCCCAUUUCCGAGUCCAACAUCGAUCCGAAUUGUCCCUUUUACAUGCACCCUUCUGAUAACCCAGGUGCAAUGUUGGUGACGACUCCUUUCAGCGGUAUUGGUUAUCGAUCUUGGAGGAGGAGUGUUCUACGCGCUCUCUCCGUAAAAAAUAAGUUAGGUUUCAUCAAUGGUGAAUGCAAACGUCCAGAACCAGAUUCCCCAUCCUUCCGUCAAUGGAUGCGUUAUGACGAUAUGGUUACUUCGUGGAUUUUAAACUCCCUUGCUAAAGAUAUCGCAGAUAGCGUAGAAUACGCAAAGGAUGCAGCAGAGUUAUGGACAGAUUUGGAGGAUCGCUAUGACCAAACCAAUGGAACCAAGCUAUAUCAGAUUCAGAAGGAAAUUAACGAUUUAUCACAAGGAGUACUCGACGUCACAGGUUACUACACAAAAAUGAAAAGGUUAUGGGAAGAGUUGAACAAUCUGAGUACCAAAUCUCAAUGCAGCUGUAAGUGCACCUGUGGAGCCAAGGAAUUCAUGCAUAAGGCCGAACAGGACAAGCGUCUGACUCAAUUUCUGAUGGGACUUAAUGAAGUGUAUACAGUUGUGCGAGGUAGUAUUCUGAUGAUGAAUCCAUUGCCAUCAGUGGCUCAAGCAUUUUCUCUGCUAAUCCAAGAGGAAAAACAAAGGGAAGUUAGGCCAAGCAACUCGCUUAAGAUGGAAUCUGCAUCUAUGAAUGUCAAUUCUUCUAGGAAUAUCAGUCUGCCUACAAUGGAGUCUACCUCUUUAAAUGUCAAUACAUCUAGAAAUGAGGGCUUCAAGACCAAUUAUUCAACUGGGAAUCACCCGAAUAGCAGGCCUCGUCCGUUUUGCGAUUAUUGUAAACGCCCAGGGUAUACGAAAUAUAAGUGCUUCAAGUUACAUGGUUACCCCCAAAAUAACACCUUUAAUCCUAGAUUCAAUAAGGGGAAAAGAGUUUCUGCAAAUGUACAUGGUGCACCAGUUGAUUCUAUGUCAGUUAAGGAUGAUGGAAUGAGCUCUCAAGGGUGUAAUGACAACAACAACAUGAACUCUCCUCUUAACCUGACCAAGGAACAGUAUGGGCAGCUAUUCAGUCUACUACAACAAUUUCAUAUUGGGAAUGGAGGAGAGAACACCACCAGUCCGGCUCUAACCAAUGGAAAUGCCAAUUUUGCAAGUAUCUUCGCUUGUUCUGCCUCUGUCUUGUCCAUUGAUUUUGGUUUGCUGUCAUGUAGAUGUUUUACACCAAGUGCUGACCUCUGGAUCUUGGAUUCCGGAGCAUCCAAUCACAUGACCUUUAAUAAAUCCCUAUUAUCUCACACCAAAACUCUUUCAUAUCCUUUGCUGAUCACUCUACCCAAUGGCUAUCGAGUGAAAGUGACAGAAAUUGGAACUGUAACUCUUACAUCUCAGAUAGUAUUACAUAAAGUCCUUUAUGUACCUUCUUUCAAGUAUAAUCUCAUUUCUGUUCAUUGCCUUACUUCACAGCUUAAAAGCCUAGUUGCCUUCACUGAUUCUUCAUGUCUUCUGCAGGCCCCUUCAAUGAAGAGGCCUCUGGAGAUUGGUGAGAUCAAGGAUGGAUUAUAUCUCCUUUGCUCCAGCUGUCUAAAGAACUCAGUUUCAACUUCAGAUUCUGUCCCUUUGAAUUCCUGCAAUGUUUUCCCUACUUCAUGUCAUGUAAAUAGUUUACAUUCUCAUGCUCACUCACCUGUAAAUGUUUCACACACUCACACUCAUCCAUGUUCACUUGUAAAUACUUCCUAUUGCAAUAAAACUCAAUGUUCUGCUUUCCAAUAUACUUUGCCUAGUACAAACAGUGUGGAUCUUAUAUGGCAUAACAGAGAUGUGGUGUUUCAUGAGAAUGUAUUUCCCUUUACCCUUCUAUCUGCUUCCAUACCCUCUCCUUUUGUUUUUCAACCUGUCCCUCUUGUUGAUGAUCUGCCUCCUCCUCCUACCAAUUCUGAUAAAUCUGCCACCCUUUCUCCUUCUUCCAAUUUACCAUCCUCAUCUGAUUCUCCUUGCAAUUUACCAUCCUCAUCUGAUUCCCUUUCCAAUUUACCAUCCUCAUCUGAUUCUCCUUUACAUUCUCCUCAUAUAGCUACUAGAAAGUCCUCUAGACUUCACAAGUUACCUGUUCACUUAGAGGAUUAUGUGUGUUCUCUACCCAUCUUGAAGGCUCCUGCUUCUUCUGCUGCUCCUUUAUUGUUUGAGGAGCUGACUGUUUCUUUUCCUACACCUGUGAGUGUAUAUUGUGAUAGCCAAUCCGCCUUACACAUUGCUAGGAACCCUAUUAUCCACGAGCGGACCAAACACAUCGAGGUUGACUGUCACUUUGUACGGGAUAAACUUCAAGAGGGUCUUAUAUCCUUGCAUCAUAUUGGCACUCACAAUCAACUGGCAGACAUUCUCACCAAGGCUCUAACUGGCAUCAAGCAUUCCACUGUGUUAGGCAAGUUGGCUGUGAAGACCUCACCUCCAACUUGA